AUGGCUCUGCCUGGGUUUCACAGGCUGUCCCACGGCCACCAGGAUCUCAUUCUCGCAUUCGACUACAACCUCUACGGCAAUCGAGUCGUGACAGCUUCAUCCGACCAUCGACUUAGAGUCUGGACUCGCAAUGAUGAAUCUGGCGCGUGGACCGUAACGGAUACCUGGACAGCGCAUGAUGCAGAGGUCAUCGAUGUAAAGUGGAACGGCCCGUUCGUCGGCGAGCAUCUCGGUACCAUUGGCGAAGAUGGCUUCGUGCGUGUCUGGCAGGAAGAUGUGAAUGAAGCAAUCGGCUCCGGCCGACGAUUCAAAAAGAUCUUCGAGCGGCCGUCAGAUACCGGUGUGCCGUAUAUGAGCCUGGAUUUCAAGAACAUCGGCACUGAAACGUUCUUGGCGCUCGCCACUCGUGAUGGCUAUCUCACCAUCCUUGAACCGGAGGACUACGACGAUUUGUCGGUGUGGCGCAUCUUCUGGGCUGAACAGUUAUGCAAGACGCCACCUCGGACUGAGGAGACGGCUUUCAGACUGAGCUGGCACAAGGAGCGACUCCCAGCUUGGCCUGCCGUGCUCGCUGGAUUGGACCGAAAAUCUCUCAGUCUAGCAGUCGCCAUUGGCGACGAGGUGAGAGUCUUCCGCACUGACAGGGAGCGCCGGUUGUACACUGCUGCCACACUCGAAGGUGCUACGGGCCUCGUCCGGGAUGUCGCUUGGGCGGAUGGCAGUAUGCGAGGAUUCGACCUUAUCGCCACAGCCAGUAAAGAUGGUUACAUCCGCGUGUACGAGUUGCACACUCCGGGCGCUAGUUCUUUAUCUACGUCCAUCCAAUCUCAGAUCAGCAACGGAGACUCCAGCCAAGUCAAUGGCCAUUCCACCCGACCAGUCAGGUCUGGCAUAGGCGCAGGACUGGCCAACAGCAAUCGAGGACGAAGAGAUGACAACUUGGUAGCAGCCGGGACAGUCAAGCAGGAAUCGAAGCUAAUUGCUACCCUGGAAGCGCAUGAAGGGGUCCCAUGGCGAGUCGGGUGGUCACAAGUCACCGAUAUCGUCUUCACCUCUGGAGACAACGGUACCGUGCAACUGUGGAAAAGAGCCGUGGACGGCAAAUGGCUGGAUGCUGCGGAAAUUGAUGCAACCAAGGAUUCCUGA